CUCCACAGACAGCCCUGGAGCACCGGGCAGCAGAGCCCCCAGCCGCCCGCAGGCUGGAGGCAUGUGGGGGGGGGCCCUGGGGCGCAGGGCGAGGCCCAGCGGGAGCAGCCACGGGCCCCCGGCGCCCGCGUGGAGCAUGAGCGUUGACGAUGGCUGGAGCCCGAGGCCCCCCGCGCCCCCCGCUGCCCGCCGGUAGGAUGUCCUGGCCGCACGGGGCCCUGCUCUUCCUCUGGCUCUUCUCCCCACCCCUGGGGGCCGGCGGGGGCGGCGUGGCCUUGACGCUGGCCGCAGGAGGGGGCUCCCCGCCGGCCACCUCCUGCCCGGCCGCCUGCUCCUGCAGCAACCAGGCGAGCCGGGUGAUCUGCACGCGGCGCGAGCUGGCGGAGGUCCCGGCCAGCAUCCCGGUGAACACGCGCUACCUGAACCUGCAGGAGAACGGCAUCCAGGUGAUCCGGACCGACACCUUCAAGCACCUGCGGCACCUGGAGAUCCUGCAGCUGAGCAAGAACCUGGUGCGCAAGAUCGAGGUGGGCGCCUUCAACGGGCUGCCCAGCCUCAACACGCUGGAGCUGUUCGACAACCGGCUGACCACGGUGCCCACGCAGGCCUUCGAGUACCUGUCCAAGCUGCGGGAGCUCUGGCUGCGCAACAACCCCAUCGAGAGCAUCCCGUCCUACGCCUUCAACCGCGUGCCCUCGCUGCGGCGCCUGGACCUGGGCGAGCUCAAGCGGCUGGAGUACAUCUCGGAGGCGGCCUUUGAGGGCCUGGUGAACCUCCGCUACCUCAACCUGGGGAUGUGCAACCUCAAGGACAUCCCCAACCUGACGGCGCUGGUGCGGCUGGAGGAGCUGGAGCUGUCGGGCAACCGGCUGGACCUGAUCCGCCCCGGCUCCUUCCAGGGCCUCACCAGCCUGCGCAAGCUGUGGCUCAUGCACGCCCAGGUGGCCACCAUCGAGCGCAACGCCUUCGACGACCUCAAGUCCCUGGAGGAGCUCAACCUGUCCCACAACAACCUGAUGUCGCUGCCGCACGACCUCUUCACGCCCCUGCACCGCCUCGAGCGCGUGCACCUCAACCACAACCCCUGGCACUGCAACUGCGACGUGCUGUGGCUCAGCUGGUGGCUCAAGGAGACGGUGCCCAGCAACACCACGUGCUGCGCGCGCUGCCACGCGCCCGCCGGCCUCAAGGGGCGCUACAUCGGAGAGCUGGACCAGUCGCACUUCACCUGCUACGCGCCGGUCAUCGUGGAGCCGCCCACGGACCUCAACGUCACCGAGGGCAUGGCCGCCGAGCUCAAGUGCCGCACGGGCACCUCCAUGACGUCCGUCAACUGGCUGACGCCCAACGGCACGCUCAUGACGCACGGCUCCUACCGCGUGCGCAUCUCCGUCCUGCACGACGGCACGCUCAACUUCACCAACGUCACGGUGCAGGACACGGGCCAGUACACGUGCAUGGUGACGAACUCGGCCGGCAACACCACCGCGUCGGCCACGCUCAACGUGUCGGCCGUGGACCCCGGGGACAGCCACCUGGCCCUGCCCGCCCUGGAGCGCGACCACCUCAACCACCACCACUACGUGGCGGCCGCCUUCAAGGCGCACUACAGCAGCAACCCCGGCGGCGGGGGCUGCAGCAAGGGCCCGCCGGGCCUCAACUCCAUCCACGAACCUCUGCUCUUCAAGAGCGGCUCCAAGGAGAACGUGCAAGAGACGCAGAUCUGAAGCUGCCCGGGCGCGGGUCUCUCGGCGCCCCGGGCCAGGCUGGGGGGCCGCCCCGCCGCCCCUGCCCCUUUUUGGACCCGCCGGGCCGGAAGGCGGGGUAGGCGGCUCCCAGUCCCAGCCACUGCGGGGCCCCAGGGCACCCCGGCCCGGACAGGGUAGGCUCGGCCACGGGCCCCCCGGGUGGGCCCGCCUCGGCCCCGCAAACCCCGGGACACGAGGGGCACGGGAUUCAGGAGAAGUGGCCAGAACCCUCCGCGUUUCCUCCUCCUCCCCCGACGACCACUCCCAGCCCCCGGCUGUCAGGGGAGACGGAGACGGGAGCUUUUUUGAGGGGCAUCCUUUCCCCUCACCCCCUACGACCCUCGUUUUACGGUUCAUUUUUUGCAGUUUGGCGCCUGCCCUCCCUCCCCACCCCCAGUCCCGGAAACUGAAGCGCCGGACACGUCGGAGCCCCCCAGCCCCGGCCCCUCCCGGCGCGGAGCUCCCCUCUGGCCCCGCCCCGUUGCUGGGGGUGGGGGCACCUCUGCCCACCCCACCUUCGUCCCAGCCCUCACCUACCCCCACAGACUCUUUUGAUACUGAAGGGAGGUUUGCGUCAACGACUACCUGCUCUGUAAUUACUUUAAAAAAAAAACA